CAAAGCUGAUGCUAGUAGAGAUAAGGGUAAAAUUCGGUUCGGUCAAUGCAUGGUGAAAGAUCCUAAAUUAAGUCCAAAUCCACAGCCCAACAUGUUUGUGACCGCGCACUUACGGUUUCCCAUUGGAAUUAGCCGUCGCGGUUAGUUUAUCUUUAAUUUUCCUAAACUCCAAAAGGAAAAUCAGAAAUUUGGUGUUCUUUCACCCAGGCGGCACAAACACUAAAUCAAAAAGGCAAAAUACCGAAAUCUGCAUGGAAAGGGAAAGAAAAUCAUAUCAGUGAAGGAAAUGGAGAGGUUAGGCUAUCCAAAAACGAUUGAUGGGAAUCAUGCGUUUAUCAAAGCUUGUGAUGAAGAUCUUAGAAAAAUGAUUGAUCAGAACCAUGGCCUUAUCAAAGCUCAUGAUGAAGAGAUGGAAAGGAUAAAGCAGAUGGCUGAUGACAUGUUUACCAUGGAGCAAGAGAGUAUGGCUGAUUGUUUUCCUCAUAAGAGAAGAAAAAUAGACAAGCUUCUACUAAUGUCUGAGAUUAUAAAUCUUCGGCAUAACAAGAUGAUGAAUGAGAUGGCUCUUUUGGAGGCGGAUGAAAGAAUGUCGAUAUUGGCGCAAGAGCAUCAGACAGAAAAGGAUGAAUUUGAGAGACGAAUUAAGGAGCUUGAAAGGAAGGUUGAUGAUAAACGAGUAGUGGAGGUGGAGAUAGAAAGCCCGAAAGAAGAAAUAAAAGUGAAGCCAAAGGUUGAGGCGAUUGAAGAAGAAGAGUGAGAGUGGGCAGGAGCUUAUUCAAGCUCAUACGUUCAAUUACAUCACUAAUGUUUGUUUUGGAGUUAGGCAUUUUUUCCAUAUGAGCUUUGGUUCAGUAUUUGUUGAGCUAGUUGCUUCUGAACUUUUUGUCUUCAUUCAUAUCAUAACAUUUGAUUGAUAAUAUUAAAACAUAUUGAAUUUAA